AUGGAAGAAUUCAAAAAGGCUAUGAUGAAAGGGUAUGAAAUGAUCGAUCUUGGACUCAUGAAAUAUUUUCUCGGCAUCCAAGUCAAGCAAAGACCUGGACAAAUAUUUAUCUCGCAAGAAAAAUAUGCGGAUGACUUACUAAAGAAGUUCAACAUGCAAGAUUGCAAACCACUUGCCACACCUAUGGCGAUGAACAAGAAGCUUUCAAAAGAUGAUGGGCAAAACAAAGUUGAUGCAACAGUUUAUAGAAGCCUAGUUGGUUCGCUAAUCUACUUAACCAACUCAAGGCCAGACAUCGUACAUACAGUUAUCAUCGUGUCUAGAUUCAUGAGUAACCCAAGCAAAGCACACUUUGCAGCUGCCAAGAGAAUCCUAAGAUAUGUCAAAGGCACAAAGGAUUUUGGCAUUUUGUACGGGGCAGAUAGAGACUUUAACUUGACAGGUUAUACAGAUAGCGACUGGACAGGAAGCACAGAUGAUAGAAAAAGCACAAGUGGAUAUGUGUUUCUUCUAGGCAACAAAGCAAUAUCAUAG